GCUGCUUGGAUUAAGUCAUGGGGAGGAGAGGAGAGACAGAAAUCCCACACCUCCUCUCUGUUUAGGUAGAACGUUGCCCUCCAUCAGUCUGAUUGUCCAGCCUAUUCUAUGCUGUCUACCACUGUCUGUCUGUCUGUCUGUCUGUCUGUCUGUCUGUCUGUCUGUCUGUCUGUGUGUCUAUCCAUGAAUAUAUUGGUGGGCACAUGCCCUCGUCACGGUCCUUCGUCUCUGAAACCUUAACAAACGUCAGGUGUUGGAGACACCAUCGUCCGGGAAUGCAUUCGACGGGAGGUGGAUCUUUCUUUUGCUUAGCUUGUGCCCUUGUGAAUGGCACCAGAUGUUCACACAAACACAGUGUCUCAUCGAGGAGAGAUGGCCCCUAGGCAGGUCUCGCAAGGAGCCCGGUGCAGGGAACGCGCUUACCCUGUGGCUAAUGGUGAGCUUCGGGAGUCUGCACCUUGUCGCUACCACGUAGGCAAGGAGGAGUCCCCCUAGCUUGGCUCUGCCCUCCCAGCGAUACGCUGGCACCGGGCGGGAGGAGAUGAUCUGAUGUUAGACGACCUCGGUGGCCUCUGCUGUUAUUUAAAUAAACACUAAGCUUGGCAGCGCUGCAGGAACAUUUGGUGGCCCCUGGCAACAGACAUCAUCUGCAAGAAGGGUCGCGCUACAUUGACAGAAAAACCAAGGUCUCCAUAAGGCACAAGGCACAAGGCACAAGGCACAAGCCUGAGUUGUCCACGGUUCUCAAGCUCUCCGCUCUGGGAAUGAGGUCCGGUGACGUCUCGGAAUGAACCCCAGAGAAUGUGUGUGCUCUUCUCAAGAGCGUUGCGCCGGUGUUCCCCAAGAGCUGGACAUUCUACCCGCACAAGGUCUGAAGUUCUCAGUGCUGCUCCUAGCAGCCAACUCUGCCCACAGCCCAGUAACUGGUUGGGGACGGUUCCACUGCCUUGUUAUUUUCACACUGGUGAACAUGCCGAAGGAAGAGGAUUGGAAGGAUUUUUCCGAGAGACAAAUCAGCUCAGUGUUUCCCCACCUGCACCACUUGGAGGAAAUACUGUUUUUAAAAAGAAAUCAGAAGGAUUCUUUGUUUCCCCCACUUGAAAGGAAUAAAGUUCAGGAGCAUCCCACAGAUGCUGGAAGUCUUUCUGUGAAUCUCCUCAACUGGUGAUGUCACUACAGCAGAAGUGUAUACCCAACUCGUGUUGAAGUCCAGGCUGUCCUCUUUCCCAUGUCCCUGUGGCUUCCAGGUAAACCCUGGGACUCCAGGACAGCCAUAAGGAUAAGCAAAGCCCCCCCGUACCUGGCGGCGAUGGACACUCUUGUUGCUCAGUUGAUCCCUGCACCCCAAUGCUGGCACAGCAGCUAGAUUGGGGACACUGGACAUCUGGAAACUUGGUUUGUUACUGUGAAGAUGUGCAAUGGCCUGAAAUGCAGGUCUGCUGAGGAAGCCAUCCAACUCUUCUCACGUACUGAUGGGGUUCCCACACCCUUCAGGGACAGGCCAGCUGACACCGUCAUGACCAAUAUCUUAGCAACCCUGUAGCCUGAUCAGUGCAGACUCAGCUGACCACCCCCAAGAAGUCCCCAGCAUCAUUCCCUGUGAGCUCUUCAGAGGCCUUCUACAGCUGAAACCUGCUUCCAGCCUGUCUCACCAACAAAGAGGCUUAAUUCCAGCCCUACUUCCAGAAGCUUCAGUGGCCAGCUGAACCUGCUGUCCUUCUGGGUAUACAGUUCCCAAGAGAAUCUGGGGCAUCUGUAGGAUCUAUGGCAGCAGGACUGUCUCCAGGCCCUGGGAGCCACUCUGUGAUGGAAAGCUUGACAUCUGUGUGCUCUGCAAUGGGACAGUUCUGGACAUAGGGACCGCUCUGCCUCCUGUGGCUCAGACACUGGAGAGAACACAGCCAAAGUGUAAUGUCAGGGAAGAGUACUGGACAUCUCUCCCUUCUGUGGAAGUGUUCUUACAUCCAUUCACAAGGGAAACAACCUCUGACACAUGACCUCUUACGCAUGACUCUGUAUAUGAGAACUGUGAGGUCUUCAUACUGCCCCACCAGACUCCAUUAUAAAGUGAGGGUACCAGUUGUCCAGGGAGCAAGCUGUUGGAAUGAGAGCUUCUGGGAGGCACGAUAUCUCCCUCAAGAUUGUGCUGGCCAUGGGCUGCCUCCUCCUGGUCGGCUUUUCAGGGGCCACAUCAGCAGUGUCAACUGAGUGUCCUGAUCAGAGUCCUGAGCUGCAGCCUUGGAACCCUGGCCAUGACAGAGACCAUCAAGUACACAUUGGCCAUGGCAGGAAACUACUGCUUACCUCUUCUGCCACAGUGCACUCCAUCACUAUAUCAGGGGGAGGAAAGCUUGUUAUUAAAGACCACCACGAGCACAUCGUGCUGCGCACCCGGUUCAUCCUUAUUGAUGAUGGUGGAGAGCUGCAUGCUGGGAGUGCCCUCUGCCCUUUUGAAGGCAAUUUCAGUAUUGUGCUGUAUGGAAGGGCUGAUGAAAACAUCCUGCCGGACCCUUACUAUGGCUUGAAGUACCUUGGAGUGGACAAAGGAGGCACUCUGGAGUUACAUGGGCAAAAAAAGCUUUCCUGGACUUUUCUAAACAAGACCCUUCAUCCCGGUGGCAUGCAGGAGGGAGGAUAUUUUUUUGAAAGAAGCUGGGGGCACCGUGGAGUCAUUGUUCAUGUCAUUGAUGCCAAAUUGGGCGCAGUUGUCCAUUCUGACCGGUUCGACACUUACAGAUCCAAGAAAGAAAGUGAACGUCUGGUCCAGUAUUUGAAUGCAGUGCCCGAUGGCAGGAUUCUUUCUGUUGCAGUGAAUGAUGAAGGUUCUAGAAACCUGGAUGACACAGCUCGGAAGGCAAUGACCAAACUGGGAAGCAAGCACUUCCUCCACCUUGGAUUUAGACACCCUUGGAGCUUCAUCACCGUGAAAGGAAAUCCUUCCUCUUCAGUUGAAGACCACAUUGAAUACCAUGGUCACAAAGGCUCAGCUGCUGCCCGAGUUUUCAAACUGUUCCAGACAGAGCAUGGCGAACAUUUCAAUGUUUCUUCAUCCAGCGAAUGGGUUCAAGAUGUGGAAUGGACAGAGUGGUUUGACCAUGAUAAGGUGCCUCAGAGCAAAGGUGGGGAGAAGAUUUCAGAUUUGCGAGCAGCUUACCCAGGAAAAAUCUGCAAUCGACCCAUUGAUAUACAGGCCACAACAAUGGAUGGAGUCGCCCUCAGCACUGAGGUUGUCUACAAAAAUGGUCAAGAUUACAGGUUUGCUUGCUACAGCCGGGGCAGAGCCUGCCGCAGCUAUCGAGUGAGAUUCUUAUGUGGAAAACCAGUGAGGCCCAAGCUCACGGUCAGCAUCGACACCAAUGUAAACAGCACCAUCCUGAGUCUGGUGGACAAUGUGCGGUCAUGGAAGCCUGGAGACACCCUGGUCGUUGCCAGCACUGACUACUCCAUGUACCAGGCAGAAGAGUUCCGGGUGCUCCCCUGCAGAGCUUGCAGCUCUACACAGGUCAAGGUGGCAGGGAAACCCCAGUACCUACAUAUUGGGGAGGAGAUUGACGGUGUAGACAUGCGGGCUGAGGUCGGACUCCUGACUCGGAACAUUGUGGUGAUGGGGGAGAUGGAGGACAGAUGCUAUCCCUACAGCAAUCACAUCUGUGACUUCUUCGACUUCGAUACCUUCGGGGGCCACAUCAAGUUUGCACUGGGGUUUAAAGCAGUCCACUUGGAGGGCGUGGAGCUGAAGUACAUGGGGCAGCAGCUAGUGGGCCAGUACCCAAUUCACUUCCACCUGGCUGGAGAUUUGGACGAACGGGGAGGCUAUGACCCACCUACGUACAUCAGGGAUCUCUCCAUUCAUCACACAUUCUCCCGCUGUGUCACUGUCCACGGCUCCAACGGUCUGUUGAUCAAGGAUGUUGUGGGCUAUAAUUCUUUGGGCCACUGCUUCUUCACUGAAGAUGGGCCAGAGGAACGCAACACUUUUGACCACUGCCUUGGCCUCCUUGUUAAGUCAGGGACCCUCCUCCCAUCGGAUCGGGAUAGCAGGAUGUGCAAAGUGAUCACAGAGGACUCAUACCCAGGGUACAUUCCCAAGCCCAGGCAGGACUGCAAUGCUGUGUCCACUUUCUGGAUGGCGAAUCCCAACAACAAUCUCAUCAACUGUGCAGCUGCCGGGUCGGAGGAAACUGGAUUUUGGUUCAUUUUUCACCAUGUGCCAACAGGCCCCUCCGUGGGAAUGUACUCCCCAGGUUAUUCUGAGCACAUUCCACUGGGAAAAUUUUACAACAACCGAGCACAUUCUAACUACCGGGCUGGCAUGAUCAUAGACAAUGGAGUCAAGACGACUGAGGCCUCAGCAAAGGACAAGCGGCCCUUCCUCUCCAUCAUCUCUGCCAGGUACAGCCCUCACCAGGAUGCAGACCCACUGAAACCCCGGGAACCAGCCAUUAUCCGACACUUCACCGCCUACAAGAACCAGGAUCAUGGAGCCUGGCUGCGGGGUGGGGAUGUGUGGCUGGACAACUGUCGGUUUGCUGACAAUGGCAUCGGUCUGACCCUAGCCAGUGGUGGAACCUUCCCAUAUGAUGAUGGCUCCAAGCAGGAGAUAAAGAACAGCUUGUUUGUUGGCGAGAGUGGCAAUGUGGGCACAGAAAUGAUGGACAACAGGAUCUGGGGCCCAGGUGGCUUGGACCACAGUGGAAGGACCCUCCCUAUUGGCCAGAAUUUUCCAAUUAGAGGAAUUCAGUUCUACGAUGGUCCCAUCAACAUCCAGAACUGCACCUUCCGAAAGUUCGCAGCCCUUGAGGGCAGGCACACUAGUGCCUUGGCCUUCCGCCUAAACAAUGCCUGGCAAAGCUGCCCACACAACAAUGUGACCAACAUUGCCUUUGAGGAUGUCCCGAUUACUUCCAGAGUGUUCUUCGGAGAGCCCGGGCCCUGGUUCAACCAGCUGGACAUGGAUGGGGACAAGACAUCUGUGUUCCAUGAUCUGGACGGCUCUGUGUCGGAGUACCCUGGCUCCUAUCUCACUAAGGACGACAAUUGGCUGGUUCGACACCCAGACUGCAUCAAUGUCCCAGACUGGAGAGGGGCCAUCUGCAGUGGGCGCUAUGCACAGAUGUACAUCCAGGCCUACAAGAGCAGCAAUCUGCGCAUGAAGAUCAUCAAAAAUGACUUCCCCAGCCACCCUCUCUACCUGGAGGGGGCCCUCACCAGGAGCACCCACUACCAGCAGUAUCAGCCUGUCAUCACCCUACAGAAGGGCUAUACCAUCCACUGGGACCAGACAGCCCCUGCUGAGCUUGCCAUCUGGCUCAUCAACUUCAACAAGGGUGACUGGAUCCGAGUGGGGCUCUGCUACCCAAGAGGCACCACCUUUUCCAUCCUUUCAGAUGUUCACAAUCGCCUGCUAAAGCAAACGUCCAAGACUGGGACCUUUGUGAGGACCCUGCAGAUGGACAAAGUUGAGCAGAGCUAUCCUGGCAGGAGCCACUACUACUGGGAUGAGGAUUCUGGGUUGCUCUUCUUGAAGCUAAAAGCCCAGAAUGAAAGGGAGAAAUUUGCUUUCUGCUCCAUGAAGGGUUGUGAGAGAAUCAAGAUUAAAGCUCUGCUCCCAAGGAACGCAGGCAUCAGCGACUGCACUGCCACUGCUUACCCCAGGUUCACUGAGAGGGCCAUAGUGGACGUGCCAAUGCCCAGGAAACUCUAUGGGGCUCAGCUGAAGACAAAAGACCACUUCCUGGAAGUGAAGAUGGAAAGUUCCAGGCAGCACUUCUUCCACCUUCGGAAUGACUUCGCUUAUAUUGAAGUGGAUGGGAGGAAGUACCCUUGCUCAGAAGAUGGCAUCCAGAUAGUGGUGAUUGAUGGGAAUCGAGGUCAUGUGGUGAGCCAUGGCAGCUUCAGAAAUGCUAUUCUGCAGGGCAUACCCUGGCAACUCUUCAACUAUGUGGCAGCUAUCCCUGACAACUCAAUAGUGCUCAUGGCAUCAAAGGGCAGAUCCAUCACCAGAGGCCCGUGGACCAGGGUGCUGGAGAAGCUCGGGGCAGACAAAGGUCUCAAGUUGAAAGAAAAGAUGGCAUUUGUCGGGUUCAAAGGCAGCUUCCGACCCAUCUGGGUGACUCUGGAGACUGAGGAACACAAGGCCAAAAUCUUCCAAGUAGUGCCCAUCCCUGUGGUGAGAAAGAAGAAGCUAUAGGGAGAGUUGUCACUUGGUACCACUCCAGGCUGGACCCCUACAGCAGCUGGGGACAGGAUGGCUGGGUCCCCUGGCUCUCAGCUCUGCUGGGCUAAGGGACAGAUAUCAGAGACCUUGGUGCUGCCACCUGCCCCUACUCAAGUCUACCUGCAGCCCCUGGGCAGUGUUGGCCGAUGCUACAACCUCCUUUUGGGUGCUUCUCUCCACUCUGUGCCUCAUCAGUAGGCAUGGGGACCAUACAAAGAGACCUAGGUUGUGCUGGCAGAAAAGGGCCACUUGGGCAGGAGUCUGAACCCACCUGGGAGAAGGUCUGGAUAAUGGGACCACUCAUAGAUUUCCACAGUCACUUUCAGAUACAUUAAGUGGCAGAUGGAGGGAGAACAUCUUUAUUCCUAUAAGCGAGGGUAAGGCUUCCUGGGUUUAGGAGCUGUCUGCAGAAAGAGCUGUCCAUUGUGGCAGACUGCAUUGGGGAGGAGAUGGAAUCCUUUUUCAAGAGACUUCAGCUGGCACAUUGGGACAGGGACUAGGUGGCUCCUGUUUGUCCUUCCCGAGAUUGCAGAACUCUACUGUGUUUUGCUCUGUGUCUGGAGCCCAUCAGUAGAAGUAAUCAUUGUAGCUGACAUCUCCACUGAGUGCCCUGGGUACAAACAAUGGAGAGGUGAGAGCUCACACCUGGGAGUCCACCAGUGACAAGCAGCCAGGCCUCAGCACACUCUGAGCCCAAAAGGGAGUGACACAGUUGAGCAGAGGUAGAUUGGAGGAGGGGAACUUAACCACACCCAGGAACAUGGGGAAGGCUUUUUCUGGGAGGUGAUGGUCCUGGCAGGAGUAAAGGACGGAGAUGAUGGAGAGAGAUGAAGUGGCCUCUGGCAUGACACCACCUGCAGCGUCUGUGUCAUGCCAGGUCAUCUCUUGCCCUACGCGGCUGACUCACUUAUGAUAGAGAAGCAGGGUCUACAGAGAGAAAUGGACGGGGGUACGAUGCACAGAACCUUGUUCAGACUGGUCUCCAGCAAGGCCCCUCUGACUCUGCGAGAGAGUGGAGUGAAGUUCACAGACCUGAAGCUCUACAAUGGGACUCCCGUGCACUUCAGCUUGGAGCUGAGCAGAAGACUCCAGGAAAUCUGAGCAUGCUCACACCACAGUGAACCUGUGUGUCAGAGAUGGAGAGGACCUUGCGGUGGUGGUGGUGGGGGGGGGCCUCAAGGGCCAUCUAGUCCAGCAUUUUGUACCUAUAUCUGAGGAAAAAUGGUACUCUAACCACACAGUCAGGUCCGUGAGCCCCAAGCUCAGCACCCACUGCCACACCACACUGCCUCAGUGGCUAGUCCAGGGAGUUCAGUAUUCCCAAAGUCACUUUUGAAAGGGAACAUAUCCCCUGGAAUGGGGAGAAGAGGUCCAGAAUAUAAUGGUCUCUUGUAAAGGGCUUUUCCCUCUUACCCCUCAGUACACACUUCCCACUCCCCUCUGGGCAGCAGCCCUGCCACUUUCUUUACACUGCUGGCCACACGUGGGCAUGGGCUACUCAUGACUGUGGAAUUCCUUCAGUGCCACCUUAUUCCACAGUGGUGCUGGUAUGCCCAAUGGAUAAGAUCAGGAUAUGCCAAUGUGCUUCUGCUGGGCCAACUGGCUCCUUGUGGGGAUCUGAGAGUGGUUGGCUCCAGUCCAGGGUCUUUCAGUUUAUGUUCACUCUGUCUGAGCAAACAGCUUCGAAGCCCAGACGAGUGGAAACUAUUCCUGUUCAAUAUUCUUCUGAGACAUCAGAGUUUCUCUGUGUUUCAUGUAUGGGUUUGGUCCCAUUUCCUCCACAACCACAAACUCUUUCUUUCAAAAAAGACCUGCUUUGGUCCCCUCUGUCCAGUGGUGUCAAGGAGCCUUAGUCCCAGAGUCCACUCUCCAGGUUGAGCCAACUCCCAGGGGGUCUUUCUCACUGAAUGGGUCUUCCAGCUGCUGGGAGGUGACUGUGGGACAAUGACUCUUAAGACAUAGUGGCUUCAGUUACCAAUGUCAAAGGAAAGACAUCUUCCGGGGGGAUGAGAGGGAGGGGAUAAAAGUGACCUCAUGUUUUUCUUGUCUAAGUUUCAUUGAAUUUUCAAUGCGAGGGUCUCACACUGUGAACCACUUAAGACACAAUCACUUUCAGGUGGCCAUGAAUGUUAAAUGUCUCUGGCUCAGUUCAUUUCAGCAAAUACCUAUUGGAAAGUUCUCUGGGUUGUACCUAUGUUGAACAGUACAGAGUUCUGUACAGAAAGCGUUCUUUCCUAAGCCAUCCACCAAGAGUUGAUGUACAGGCAUUUUCUUGGUAGCACAAAAGUCUUUCUUGCUUAGAAAGUUGCUCUUGUCCUUUCUGUUGGCCGGCAUUGCCAUUGAGCCAGGGGCCUUUGAUUGAAAGGUUCAUCUGUCCUGUCGGCUGAACAGCUGGCCCUUUGUUGUGAAUUGGAUGCACAGCAUGUUUUGUAUGUAAAUGUUCCUUAAAGGUGUCACCAUGAACAAAAGGUCUAUUUUCUAUUUAUUUAUUAUAUAUUCACUUCCAGAAGUCACUGUCACAGAAGUGAAGAGUCAUCUUAAGUAUUACAUUAGAGGAUGUCCUUUGGACCACUGGGAGGAGGUGUGCCCAGAGCCAAGGACAUCAGCUCUAGUUUGGAAAAAAUCCUGCUGUACCAUAUUAAAUAUACAAAAAAUGUCA